GCGGAGUUCUUCGCAACCAUUUGCCGAGACAGCGCAGAGGUGGUGGCGGAGGAGGUGGUGGCGGCGGGAGCUGCCCUGGCCAGGAUACGGCUCAUGGAGGUGGAGGACGUUGCCGCCGCCAGACUAGCUGCGGCGGCUGCCGCUGCUGUUGGGGGCGGUAACGUGGACAGCAGCCAACCUGCCACCGCAGCGUCCCCACAGCAGCCGCCUUCGCUGUCACAGCAGCAGCAGCACCCACAGCUGCUGUUGCAGCAGCAGGCGGCGACGGAGCGGGAGGUGGAGGCGGAGGUGCCAGUGGUGUCGGGAGUGAGCUUCCGUUGCUUGUGCGGCGUUUCAACCAGCACAGGCGCACCUCACGUUCCUCCAGCAACUCUAGCCCUUGCUCGCAUCUUCCUCACCUGCCCGAAGCUCCUAGCCGGCAAAUCCGCUCUACAGCUAGGACCAGCAGCCCCUCCUGGUCCGUACGGCAGCAUUAGUUGCGGUACGGCCUGCCGUACAUUGCCCAACGCUCCGCCGACUGCGGCUGCUGCUGCUGCUCUACCGGCCAUGGCUGCCGUACGCAGCUCAGCUCGUCGCGUCGUGGUUUCGGAGCCAAGUCGUGAGGGCCUUUCGGCGGUGGCGUCGGACCUCCGCCGGAACUCGCAUUCCCUGGUCAUUGAGCGCGUACGGUUGUCACCAUUAGAUUGGGUCGCAUCGGCCGCUGCCAGCAGCGGUGCCAGCCCUCUACCUGCAACAACCGUCGGAGGUGGUAUUGCCAGCGGCUAUACGUAUGUAUCCGGAAAAGUACGGCAGGUACGGGAUCUCCUUCAAAUUCAGCCCGGUGGGUACGACAUAAUAUACUCCGCGGAUCCCCUUUCGGAUCUCACAGCGGCCGCUGCGGCUGCUGCGGAGACGUCUGCGCAAGAGACUGCGGUCGCCGCGGCCCGGGGCCUGUUUGAGACCGCAGGGCAGCUGCUGAACAACAGGUCAUCGUCCGAACAGCAGCAAGCAGGAGCCGGCAGCGGUAAGCUGCUACUGCUUUGCUUUCCAGGCUCGUGGGCCGCGUCUCAUGGGCUUGGGUUUGCAGCUCUCGCCGGGUUGUAUGGCUGGGAGCUAGUGGUUUC